GAAGAAGAAAUAAUGCCGUGUUGUUAGCAUCGCUUAGCGAGUCAUGCUAACUUUGAAUGACAUUAUAUCUUGAUUUCAACUAGCUGCACUGCAGACUGCCUGUCCUUUCUUCAGUGUUUAUAUCCCCGUGGCCGUUUCAAUGGGGAAAAGGAAAGACAUGAUUCACCCCAGGUUUCUCGGUGAAGGCAGCUCCAGCAUGCACAGCAUUCACAAGCGGAAACACAAAAAACACAAGAAGCACAAGAGGAAGCACCACAGCUUCGCCGAGGUCCCCGAGCCGGUCGUGGUUCCUCGGCCUCAUCCACAACUCAGACUCAAGAUAAAACUGGGGGGACAAACGCUGGGGACCAAGAGUGUUCCCACCUUCACCGUUCAUCCUGGUGUGGCCUGUCCUCCCUCACCCCUGAUGAUUAUUGAUAACAAUGUUGAUGAUGAAGAAGAUGAAGAUGAGGAUGAGGAAGAGGAUGAUGACGAUGAGCCAUCUGUGCCUCUGGAACAGUAUCGGGCAUGGCUGGAUGAAGACAGCAACCUGGCCACAUCCCCUCUGCCAGACAUGGACUCAGACUCCAUGCUCGGGGGGCCUGUGGACGAGGAGGAGAGGUGGCUGGAUGCUCUGGAGAGGGGAGAGCUCGAUGACAAUGGAGAACUGAAGAAGGAGAUCGACGAGUCUCUGCUCACAGCCAGACAGAAAGCUCUGCUACACAAGCAGCAGAGCCAGCCUCUCCUGGAGCUCCCCAUGGGCUAUAAAGAGAAGGAGAUGACCGCAGAGAUGAUGCAGAAACGAGAGGAACGAGCCCGAAAGAGACGCCUGCAGGCCGCCAAGAAGGCCGAGGAGAACAAGAACCAGACAAUAGAGAGACUGACAAAGACCAGCAAGGCCAAGAUAAAAAGCAUGAAAGAGAAGAAGUCCAAGCAGAGCCAAAGUCUCAUGGUCCGGUACAGCGACUCCGCCCAGGGCAUGGUCAUCUCUUUCCCCACAGGGGUCCCAGCUCCGACCCCAGCACCUCGCCGUCCUUCACCUCCUGCGCCUGUGAUCUGCGGAGUCAGCGGCUGCACCAACCUCAAGAAGUACGCCUGCUCAAAGACCGGGCUUCCUCUCUGCAGCCUAGAGUGUUACAAGAGGAACCUGCUGUUGGUUCAGAGCACAGCUUGAACUGGGAACGGAGAUGCAGAUACUGGAAGUAUCAUUUCGACAUUAGGCUUCAAACAUCAAUAUUUUCAGGAGUCAGAAUCAGUGUGCAUUUAAUUUUUAUCUACUCAGCUGUUUUGUAUGUAGAUGUGUCAGACUAAUAAUGAUGGCUGUCUCUGUGAUGUACAUUGUCAAAAUCUGUGUACGGUCCAACAUUAAUCAUUAUCUGUGACUUUCAUUUGUGAAAUAUGUUUGUUGAGAACUACAUAAAAACCAUAUUUUUGUACAGAUUUUGAGACAAUGCUGUUUCCACUAGCUUGGACUUCAUUUUGUCAGCAAUGUAAAAAUUAUGUUUUGACACUGAUGUAAACAAAUUUUUUUUUUUGAAAGAAUAAGAGAAACUGUAUUGCCUUUUAAAUCUGCAUUCAUUUUUGUAACAAAUGAUCCCAUUUCCAUACAAAACUAUAAAAACUUAUUUAAAUUAACAAAUGAAAAUCCUUUCCAACACUGUAUACAGUCUGUGAAUAUA